UAAAAAAUAUUUUUCUUCAGUAACAAAUACGUCCAAAAUCUCAUUCCAAAGUCAUACAAACAUCACUGUCGUAGCAUUGAUAAUCCCAAGAAGAAAAAUGCAUCCUUUUUGAGAAACUCACCAAACAACCCAUUCUUCUUUAAUUUCCACCCCAAGAACUCUGGAGCAACAGCAGUAGUUGCAGUUUUGUGAGAUAAAUUAUGAUGGAAGAGCACUCCAAGUCCAAGAAAAAAUCACACAACGUAGAGAAUCCAUAAGUUGACAAUGAAAAUAAACUCAAGUAAAAAUGACAGUGAGGUUGUGUUAUUUUGUUAGGUGGAGCAUUAAUAACAGCUGCUGCUAUGGGGUCUGCAUUCUUGAUUGCAAGAAAGGGUAGAAAAUUCACUAAGAAGAUUACAAAGAAAGAGGAGAAUGAGAAAAUUGAAGAUGAAUCAAGUAAAGGGCUUCAUUUUCUUCUUCCUGAUUCUUUUCCAUGUAUUGCACAGCAGCAACCUUCGAGCAAUGGGAUUGACAAGUUGUGUGUCAAUGGCAAUGAUUCCACCUCCUUGUUCUCCACUCCAUGCUUGAUCCAGGAUGAGAAGCCUAAGCUUCAUGUAAAACGGGACACCCUCAAUACUAUAGCUUCUGAUCAUCCAAAAGAAGAAGAAAAUUCUCCAUCUUUCGAUAAAUUGCCCGUGCACGAGAAAGAAUUGGAGUUAUCGGAGACCAAGAUUUCAUUGCUCGCUGAUCCUGAUCAGGAACUGGAUGAGGUUUCUGAAGUGAGAAUUGAGGUGAUCCAAGGAAAUGAGAGAACUGAAGUACUAGCACAUAAUGAAAGAAAAGUUUUGUUUGAGAAGAAUCAUAAUGAUGAAGGAGAAUCAAAUGAGCUGCAAAAUACUGGUAUGAUUGAGACAGAUAAUCUUGACGAGGGUCUAAUUCAAGAACAAGAAAAACAAGUCCCAGGUGAUCAAGAAACUAUCAACCACCCUGAUGAUGGUUAUUUACAAGAAACCAGCACUUGUAAUGAGCAUGAACCACUGAACUCUGCCUUUGAACAAGGAGAUCAAACCAUUAAAACUAUUGAAUUAAUGAAGGCAGCUGAUGAAGACGAGGAUAAAGACCAUAUGCAGAGUAUGUAUUUUGAAGAACAAUGUGUUGAUGCAGAAACUCAGACUAAGACUCAUCAAUUUGCCAAGAAAUGCGACCUACAAAUGCAAUUAGGUGAUGAAGAAGAGUGUGCCAAGGAGGAUGAUCAAGCAAAUUCUUGCUAUGAGGUGGCAACAUCAGAAAACAGCCACUGCAGAACUCACAGUAUGGACACGCAAAAUUUGGCAGCCUCUGAAUCAGAAAUGCCUCAAUAGAUGAUGAGCUUCCUGCUGAAGUGAUUCUAGUGAUCAAAGAAACAAAUGCAAUGGAACCUUCGGCUGGUGGAGAGCAGAGCCUAGAAACAGAACAGUUGGUUGAGAAACAAAGCUUUGAACCCCAUUUUCAGGGAAAUGAUUUGAAGGAAAAUGAAGUCAAAGAGAGUGUUUUUGUUAAUGAAGAAGCAGGAGAAGAUGACCACGACAAUGGCCUAGACAAAGAUGAUGCUGCACAGGAAGUUGAAGAUGACAUCUUGGAAGGAGCAAGAAACUCCUCUGAGCAAUCUAACAGCGAUAAACUUUGGGCAGCCGACUCAAACCAGGGACUUCUGUUGGAACUCAAAGAUGAGGUGAAUGAAGAGGAAGAAGGAACGAAAAUUGAAGAUGAACCAUGUAGUGUAGAAAACUGCAAUUUGAAAAGCACACAGAAUGAUGUCGCCACAACAAGUUGCCAACAGAGCUAUGAUGGCAAAGAUGAUUCAGCUGCAAAUUUUAUUGGCAGGUACCAGAUGAAGCUCAUGUACCUGGAUGAUGUAGCUGCAAUCACCAGAAAGAGGAGAGUGCUUGUGGGAGCACUACUAGUGCUAAUCUGGUAUGUGCUUAAAUGCAUUCUUCCUUCCGGCAUAAGCGGAUUCAAGAUUUUAGAUCAGUGAGUGCAAUAUACUACUGCAUUCACUAGAUAAUAUGUGUCAGACUAAAUAUAAAUAAAUAAAUAAAUAAAUGUAUAAUAGUUUGAGCCGAAAAGGGAUGGUGCACGGGCACAUGCUGCCUCCGAGUGGAGAAAAAUGAUGGACACGUAAAAGAAAGCGAAAUGGGGUACACAUUAUGAAGU